UUUUUGGAUGACUGGUGCAUUUUUUGUGCCAUUUUUUGUUGGUAGUUACAGCUUGUUACAGCCUCUAUCGGUGCCGACAAUCCCAUGGGUGCCGGUGAUGCCAUGGCGAUGAAUGCUUUGAAUCAGCCACACGGAAGGGCACUUUGGAGCAACCUUGGGAAGCAAAGUGGGAUUCCCAACGUCCGCUGGGACCAGGUGACAUCCUCUUGGGUCGUGGAUUAUCAGGAGAAGGUUUUUUCCUCAGCUAAGACAACCUCCAAAUCCUCGAAAUCUUCGAAAUCCUCGAAACCUGUGAGGCGUCUCUUCCCAGUGAAGCGCUACAUGAAGCACCAGCACGGUCAGCGUCAGCGCGAGGUGCUGGCAGAUGCGGCGGCGCUGGAAGCUGCCAAGGCCUAUCGGAUGGAGUUGGUGAAGAAAGGCUUGUUGAAGGACGUCUCAGAGAGACGCAGCAGCCCAGUGCCAGGUGUGCUGUGGAUGGCCGACCGAAAACGAUGGCGUGUGACCAUCCAAAAGAAGGCAGAGAAGACCCAGAAAAAUGAUAAGACUCAUAAGACCAUGAAAAACAAGAAGAACACACUGAAAACCAACAUCAUCAAGAUCAAUGGUGGUUGUUUCAAAGACCAAGCUGCUGCUGAAGCCAAGGCCCUUUCGAUUGCAAAGCAGCUGGGCUUGCAACGCCAGGUGAAGUCCGUCCGACUUUUGUCGGAACUGCCGGUGGUCCACCCCAAGGUGCCCUGCCUCGGGGUGAAGUGGAACCAGGCCGAACAGAAAUGGCGGAUCCAGUGCCGCAACGCCCAGGGAACCGUGGUGAACUUCAGGGUGACGCCCAAAAACCAUUCGGAGACGGAGCUUGAGCGUUCCUUCCAAGAGGCUGUGGCCUGGAAGAAGAAACAGCAGCAGGGCAAGUCGGGCAAGUCCAAGGCCAAGGCCAAGGUCAUGAAGGUGGCCAAAGUGGCCAAAGUGGCCAAGGCCAAAGUGAAGAAAGGCAAAGCCGGUCGCAGAACUUGAGGAUCCUUGGUCUUGAGACGAAUCCAGGGGGGGAAAAAGUUGGCUGCGUCCGCAGAAAAAUGC